AUGGGUUUGCUAACAAAAAUCAAGGAAUCGAAACACAGAAGAUCACAAACCAGAAGCUCAAUAUUUCUGGCGAAUGAAUCGGAGGCCUCCCAUACAUCAAGUGAUACUUUCAACUAUGAGCCACCACAGCCAAUUAAAAAUGUUCCCACAGCUUUGCUACCAAUGAGAAAGCAACGCCAACCUCGGCCCAAAUCCGACUAUGUGUAUGAAAAGAGCUUACCACAAGAACCGAUACACAAUCGAUCUCGUUCUGAGGAUUUUAAUGAAUUGCCAAUCCUUUCAAUAGGUGAUGAAACUUUACAAGUACCAUUAAAUGAAACUAAGCAAAAUACAGACCAGCAUAGKYMAACUCGACCCAGCUUUAUCUAA